AUGUUGAGAGAACCAGGAAGAGGAGCGGAAAGAAGGAUGAGUCUUCCUUUGUGGAGACUGGAAGAGGUGGCUUUCUCCAAUCUCUUAGUGGAUUUCACAUUUCCUAAUUGCAAAGAGCUGACGCAUGUAAUAUAGCAGAUCGAUCUUUCAAUUCUCAGCGGUCUCCCAGAAUGGCAAGACGCUGUUCUGGUCAACAGCCAGUAUUCUCUCGCUAGCAAGCGGAAGCAGGUCCCUGACUUGGGUGGGGAAGAUUCCUCUCAACCUAUCUGGACUUCCACAAUCGAAGACUGGACGGCGAAUCCAAGAUUAUCUCCAAGAGACAAUACAUUGCGCACCAAACAACUUGCCAUCGCCGAAUGGCACCCAUGUUCCGAUCGCAAUCCUUGGGAGCUCAGACCUGGAACCAAGGGGGUGCUUGCGGAAGGGUUACAGAUGUCGUAAAAGCAUCGCGAGAACACUGGAAUAUCUGUGUGCAGUGUUCAGUUUCUCUGGCCAAGAGACCUCUGUAUACUGGAGGAAUCGGAGCUAUGUAUGGCGCAAUAAAAUGGGUUUACCUGAUUGCCAUUGGCAUUUUCGAAUUGGGCAGUCUGGUAUGUGGGGUUGCGCCGAACUCCACUGCUAUGAUUGCAGGGAGAGCCGUUCCUGGUAACAGUGUUGAAGAAAACAUCAUACAAGCCCCCUAA